AUGGAGCAAUCAGAAGCGGAAGAGUGCAUCGUGAUGCUCGCUGCAGAAACCUCGGGUACAGAUCCAGCACCAGCUGUUGCCGAGUUGUACCGUUAUACCCACUCAGACGUCAUUAUGCGUUAUGUCCCGACGGAAGACAAUCCAGCCGACAUUGGCUCUCGUGGAACCAAUUCACAGAAGUUACAAGCAAUGACAAAAUGGUGGAGCGGUCCAGAUUUCUUGAAGUUGGAGGAAGCAGCAUGGUCGGUACAACUAACUAAUCAUCCAAUGCAGAGAUAUCAAAAGAUGUGUCUCAAAAAAUCAAUGACAAAUGCGCAGAACACGAUUGUCAUCCCGCAAUCUUGCCCGAAACAACACCAUCAUUCAAGCCGCUUCUGA